AUGUCCUCCUCAGAAAACAAGCCUCUCGUCCUCGUCGUCGCACCGACCGGAAACACCGGGAAGAGCAUCGUCGACGGCCUCCUUGCCUCUGGAAUCUUCCGUGUCGCGGGGAUGGUCCGCGCCCAGUCCGCCUCCAAGCCCGAGGUCGACGCGCUCCGCGCCGCGGGCGUCGAGGUCCGCGUCGGCGAGCUCACGGACGACUUCGAGCGGCUGAAGGCGGUCCUCGCCGGGGUCGACACCCUCAUCAGCGCCGUCGCCCCGCACGUCGUCGCGCAGCAGAAGGAGCUCUUCCGCGCGGCCAAGGCCGUCGGCGUCCGCCGCGUCGUGCCCUCCGACUUCGCCCCUCCCGGCAAGCAUGGGCCCCUGCACCCCGCGAAAGAGGACGUCUGGCGGUACCUCGAGACGAUCGGGCAGCCCUACACGGUCGUCAACGUCGGGGCGUGGUCCCAGGCCGCGUUCCCGCCGCCGCCGCGCGCGGCGGCGGCCGUCCCGCGCUGGGCGGCGCUCUCGCGACGGACGUUCGAGGAAGACGCGAAGAUGCUCGUCACGGACCUGCACCGGGUCGGGGCGUUCGUCGCGCGGAUCGUCGCGGACCCGCGCACGCUCGGCAGGAAGGUGGUCGCGUACGACGACGAGCGGGCAAUGGCGGACGUGUGGGCGGUCGCGCUCGCGAAGUCGGGCGCGGCGGAGGAGCUCGCCGCGGGCAGGGUCGUGGUCCGGCCGGAAGACAUGGAGAAGUGGGCCGCGGAGGCGGAGGCAAGGAUCGCGAAGGACCCGACGGACCGCGAGGCGUACGUCCAAAGGGCCUGGGUGGGGUUCAUGCGCUCGAUCGUGUACCUUAAGGAGAGCACGGUGGAGAGCGCGCUGGCCGAGGGCUACGUUGACGUGUACGAGCUCUACCCAGACCUGCAGAAGCGGCCCAUCGAGCAGCUUGCGGAGGAGUUUUACGCGGAGGAGGAUCCUGCUGCGCUCAUGCGCCACUGGGCGGAUUGA